AUGUCACAAACACAGCAGAUGGAGGCCACCGACUCCAUCUCGAGCCAGGACCCAAGCCGCCAGGACUCCAAGAAGACGAAGAGCAGACGACCCCCGAACACGGCGUUUCGACAGCAGCGAUUGAAGGCAUGGCAGCCCAUCUUGACCCCGAAGACGGUCCUCCCUCUGUUCUUCAUCGUCGGCAUUAUAUUUGCACCCAUCGGCGGCCUGCUGCUCUAUGCGAGCUCCCUGGUCCAGGAAAUCUCGAUUGACUACACCAACUGCAACACCUCGGCGCCCCUUACCGACGCCGUCUUCGAUGCCUCUGCACCAAGCACGCUCGCCGACAUCCCCUCGGGCGACGUCUCGGCUACCUUCAAGACGGCCGUCAAGUCGCAGCCGCAGUGGGGCAAGGCGUGGGAGAACUACACAUGGCCUUCAGGCAGGGUCCAGAACACCAGCGUGUGCAUUCUCAGCUUCGAGAUCCCCAACGACAUCCAGCCGCCCAUUCUCUUCUACUACCGCCUGACCAACUUCUACCAGAACCACCGACGCUACGUAAAGAGCGUGGAUCUUGACCAGCUGAAAGGAACAGCUCUUUCCCUGAGCGACAUCGAGUCUGGUGAUUGCGGUCCCCUAGAUGCCGUCAACGGCAAGCCCUACUACCCCUGCGGUCUUAUUGCGAACUCCAUGUUCAACGAUACCUUCACCAAUCUGAACGCAUCGAAUCCUUCGCAGAACGGAGGCAGCCCCUCAGUGUACCAAAUGACGGCAAACGGUACCUCAUGGCCCCACGAGGGCGAUCUCUACGGCAAGACAAAAUACAAGCCGUCUGACGUUGUUCCCCCACCCAACUGGCAGGAACAAUACAUCGAUGGAAGCUACGACUCGCUAGACGAGCUCCCAGACGUUCACACGUGGGAGGCAUUUCAAGUCUGGAUGCGCACCGCUGGUCUCCCAACUUUCAGCAAGCUUGCCCAGCGCAAUGACAACGAUGUCUUGAAAGCCGGCACCUAUCGGCUAAAGAUCUACGAUCGCUUUCCGGUACAGGCUUACAGUGGCACAAAGUCCAUCCUGAUCUCUACACGUACCGUGAUGGGUGGCAAAAACCCGUUUUUGGGCAUUGCCUACAUCGUCGUUGGCGGUCUUUGCAUCCUACUCGGCGCCGUGUUCCUUGCCGCGCAUCUCAUCAAACCGAGAAAACUCGGCGAUCACACUUAUCUCACCUGGAACAGCGAUCAGCCUAGCUCGGCGACAACUACCGGACGAGUUGGUGGGGCAUAG